AUGCAUGUAAGACAUACACUGACUUCGCAUCUCCACAUCUGUAGAGGAUUCACGAAAGCCGGUGAUAGAGAGCGCCAUUUGCUUGUUCAUUGCGAAACGACACUAGUCUGUGGCUUUUGCAAAUUAUCGCCCUCUCAUCGGGCAGUAUUUGGAGAAGGCCUUGAUCGGGUGUCUGAAUUUCUGAAACACUUGGUGUGGUGCCAUUACGACGAUUUCUCGUGCCCACCAACAAAGUACUCCGGUAUGGAUCCUGCGUAUUCCGAUCUAGCAGAAUGUCCUAUCUGUAAAACAAGUUUUACAGCCGGAUCAAUGUACGAACACCUGCCGGAUUGUGUUGGCCGCGAAGUGACAAGGAUGGCGGAUUCAAGCGUUUGGAAAUACCGAGCGUCAGAUGAUGUACAGUGCGAUACAUCCGUCAAUAUCACGACACGACGAGGGACGUUGGUAUCCAAAUACAAUGAAGGGAGACCGUCAGUCCAUGACACGCAAAACGAAUUCGAUGAACAAUCAGAGCUCACGUAUCUGGGGUGCGGAGACAUUGCGGAACUGACAGCAUCGUCAAGUCGCCUCUCUCUUGUCUCAUCUAGGACAACUACAUCAUCUGAAGAAGAGACAGACUGCUCUGAAUACAUAUCAUCUAGAGAGAACUCUCCGGCUGUUUCACAGAUUUCCAGCCAGGUAGUGUCUGCGAAGCGGCGACUCGUGGAUGCUAUCAUGGAAGAGUUCCAGAAAGUCUUCAGCGCGACCCUCCGAAACCAUGCCACUAAUGAAGCCAACCCAAGUUCUAGUGGCAAUACAACAGGACAUCCUACAGGUGUACCCGCAUAUUCAGACACUUCAUUCAUAUCCAGGAAGCGCAGCUUGAGUGGAGAUGGCUCAACUCCUCCAGAUGAUGGCGACGAUUCAAAUAAGAGACGUAGGCCAGACUCUGUAUCUAAAGGCAAGCAACCUAUUUCGGAACUCCGAUUCGCAUGCCCUUAUUACAAACGCAACCCAGGUAGACAUCAAACCUUCACAUCUUGCAGGGAUCCAGGCUUCACGACAGUAGCGAGGUUAAAGGAGCAUCUAUACCGGCGACACUUACUACCACCACAAUGCCACCGUUGCUGUACGACGUUCACCAAUGAUAUUGCACUUCGAGAACAUCAACGCGAUCCGAACGGUUGCGAGCUGCGUGAGCAGAUACCUCUGGAAGGAUUCGAUAAAGAACAAGAGAAAAGAAUGAAAAGCAAGAAAGGCAGCCAGAUGCACCACAGCGAAGUAGAGAAGUGGAAAGCUGUAUACCGUAUUUUGUUCCCAGAUGACCAUGAUGCAGACAUGCCAAGUCCUUACAUCGAAUACCAACGCAAUACUGCGAGCGCAGGCGAGCCAUCAAGCAGCACCCGCUUCCAAGAGUUCUCGCGUCUCGAGCUUCCACGUCUCGUUCGCCGGACACUAGAGAGUAUAGUAGAACAUGAAGCCCAGCCACUGGAGGACAGGCUAAAGGAACGACUAGUGGACAUUGUCAGGCAAUGUCAGAUGCAGCUCGAGACGAUGUUUCAAACAGCCGCUGGGCCAAGCAAUACAAGGGCAGGAGCCACUUUGAGUCCGAGAGCUAUACUGUCGGAGCAAGUCAUUGAGCGCCACAUCGAUACGCAUCUACCUACCACGCUCGGCGGCUCUGUGUCAACAAAUUCACAGCCGACAUCAGAAGUCGACCCAUCUCAACUCCAAAUCUACGAACCAUCUUGCCCAGGCGGAGUGGUUUUUGAAAUGGCCGAUCUUAUAUCUGAUUCUUCAGAUUCGGGCUACGAUUCUACCAGCCUAGCUGCUUUGUCCACAACUGGUGUCCAGAAUGAGUUGGCUCAGGAAUACCUCAAUCCAAACCAGGAUCUUGACCUCAGCGAUUACCUAAACUUUCCUGAAACUACAACAGGUACUGCGGUACAGUUGACGCAGACAGAUGCGAACGAUAACCAUCCCAUGUGGUCCCUCGUCGAUAAAUUCCCAUAUACCAACUAUGAGAACUCAGAAGAGCUGGACCAGGUGAAUGACUUAGGUCGUGUCUGGCAGUAG